UUCACAGCCGCAGCUCUGACAGAACCACAGCUGAGACAUGAGCGGACGAAUCGGAGACCUGAGCCCAAAGCAGGCGGAGAGCCUCACUGAGUUUCGGGAGCGGAUUCAAGAUGUCCUCCACAGCCUCCCGGCUCAGCAUGACCACUACCUCCUCCGCUGGCUUCGCGCUCGUAACUUUAAUGUUCAAAAAGCAGAAAACAUGAUCAGAAAGCAUGUGGAGUUCAGGAAGCAGAUGAAAGUGGACAACAUCAUAGCCGAUUGGAAACCUCCAGAGGUGAUUGAGAAGUAUGUAUCCGGUGGGAUGUGCGGCUAUGACCGGGAAGGGAGUCCCAUCUGGUACGACGUGAUCGGUCCUCUGGACCCUAAAGGCCUGCUGCUGUCAGCCACCAAACAGGACUUCAUGAAGACGAAGAUCAGACACAUUGAGAUGCUGCAGUGGGAAUGUCGGAGGCAGUCGGAGAAGCUGGGGAAGAACAUCGAGUCCACCACUCUGAUCUAUGACUGCGAAGGACUGGGUCUGAAGCACAUUUGGAAACCUGCUAUUGAGACUUACGGAGAGAUCCUCACCAUGUAUGAAGACAACUAUCCCGAGGGCCUGAAGAGGCUUCUUCUCAUCAAAGCUCCUAAAAUGUUUCCUAUGGCCUACAACCUGAUCAAGCACUUCCUGUGUGAGGAAACCCGACGGAAAAUCAUGGUUUUAGGAAGUAACUGGCAGGAAGUGCUGCGCAAGUACAUCGACCCAGACCAGCUUCCCGUGGUUUACGGAGGAACUUUGACUGACCCUGAUGGCGACCCUCGAUGCAGAACCAUGAUCAACUAUGGUGGAACCGUUCCCAAGUCGUACUACGUGCAGGAGUCUGUGAGAGUCCAGUAUGACAGCAGCGCGACCAUCAGCCGCGGGUCGAGCCUACAGCUGGAGUAUGAUGUCACUGCUCCCAGCAGCCUCCUGAGGUACGACAGCAGCUGCGACAUAUGGUUGAAAACACACCGACAUGCAGAGAGAAACAAAGAUGUGUUGUGUUUCGACAACAGCUACAGCAUCCUCCAGUCCAAGAAGGUGAGCUACAACGUGGAGGUUAUCCCUCCUCCGGAGGAACAGGUGCAGCCCCCAUGCAGCAGAGGGGAUGUGAGACUGCAGUGAAGACGGGGACUCCUGAAAGCUUCCCAGCUGUCGACAAGAAAAAUCCUGAGAUUAAACCUCAGCAUCUCUAAGAGCACUGUGUUUAACUUUCUAAUUGGUUGGAUCCUUAAUUGUGGAGCUAAUUUAUACAAGGAUGACAAGACUAAAUGCAGCGCAUGAAACUGAACUGUUGACUAUAGAGGCAAUAAUAAGGAGUCAAGCUGACAGUUUCUUCAAGCAUAUGUUGUCCAAACAGGAGUAAAGUAAUGUUUACGGCUUUAAUCGAGUUCUAUUAGCUGGACUGAAGACAAACAAGGCAGGGGUUCCCAAAUUGGGGGUCGGUCCCCCCUUGGGGGUCAAGAGAUGCUACAAUAUUACAUUACUAUACAUUGUGAUGUGAUCUCUGAGGUAUAUGGAGGACCAAAAUAUACCAUGAAAUAAUUAUAUUUACGUAACACAAAACACAAAUCUUAUUUUUCUCCUUAAAGAACAACUCUUCAUCCUUUACUGCCAUCUACUGGUCAGUUUGGAACGUAGAUAAUGUAGAAGAAACCAUCUGACUGAACUUCAAUGGGAUUUUGGAGCGAUAGUUUCUAAUUAUGUUUAUAAACAGUAAGACCUUUUCAUUUCCACAUCUCCCUCUCAACUGAUUCAGAUGGUAAUAAUAAUAAAUAGGGAUGCACGAUAUUAGGAUUUUGGCCGAUAUCCGAUACGCCGAUAUUUUAAA